AUGGACCGAAGGCAUUUAUUUCGGUUCUUACUGAAUGACAAUCGGCCAAACCCUCCACAGGAUACGGAUACCGCCAAUGAACAUGGUGCUGUGGGUGAUGAGAAUGUGGAACGGGGUAACUGGUCUUCGAAGACUGAUUACCUGCUCUCAAUGAUUGGUUAUGCAGUGGGUUUUGGGAAUGUUUGGAGAUUUCCUUACCUGGCUUACAAAAAUGGAGGAGAGACUCUCUGCAAUCUCACUCUGACUGAUGGAUAUUUUGAAAUCGUUAAUAUAACACAGCUGCAGGAAAACAAUGGAUCUUGUCCAAAUGGAUCAGAAAUCUCCAAUCCUCACCAGGGCCCGAGUGAGCAAUACUGGGAUAAAGCAGUUUUACGCCGUUCCAGUUCAAUGGAUGAGACUGGGGAGGUCAUCUGGUAUUUAGCCCUCUGUCUGCUUCUUGCCUGGCUAAUAGUUGGGGCAGCAUUAUCAAAAGGAAUCAAAUCUUCAGGAAAGGUGGUUUAUUUCACUGCGACAUUCCCUUACGUGGUUCUGACCAUACUCCUGAUCCGAGGGGUUACCCUGGAGGGAGCUUCUAAAGGAAUUGAAUUCUACAUCGGAAGCCAGUCAGACUUCUCCAGACUGGCUGAUGCUGAGGUCUGGAAAGAUGCUGCGACUCAAAUUUUCUUUUCUAUCUCAGUGGGUUGGGGCACUUUAGUAGCAUUGUCGUCUUACAACAAGUUCCACAAUAACUGCUACAGAGAUACCAUCAUUGUCUGUGUUGUUAAUUGUGCUACGAGUGUGUUUGCUGGAUUUGUCAUCUUCUCCAUCCUGGGACACAUGGCUCACAUACAAGAUAAGCCCGUUUCAGAGGUUGCCCAGUCAGGUUUCGGUUUGGUCUUCAUUGCCUACCCAGAGGCCCUUGCACAGUUACCGUGGGCACCAUUAUGGUCUGUUUCAUUUUUCUUCAUGCUGCUCACUCUGGGAGUUGACACACAGUUUGCAGGUUUAGAAACAGUUAUGACAGCCCUGCAAGACCAGUUCCCUACAUUGGUCCAAUCAAAGCGAGUUCUUCUGACAGCUGGUGUUUGUUCGUUAUUUUAUCUGCUUGGCCUUCUAUGUGUGACACAGAAAGCCCACACCUAG